UCCGUCGCGGCGGCGCGGUGCACCCUGGGAUAAGGAGCGAUCUCUGAGCGAGGCAGCAAGAUGGACGCGGGAUUCUUCCGCGGGACAAGUGCAGAACAGGACAAUCGGUUUAGCAACAAACAGAAGAAACUACUGAAACAACUGAAAUUUGCAGAAUGUCUAGAGAAAAAGGUGGACAUGAGCAAAGUAAAUUUGGAGGUUAUAAAGCCUUGGAUAACAAAACGAGUAACGGAAAUCCUUGGGUUUGAAGAUGAUGUUGUGAUUGAGUUUAUAUUCAACCAGCUGGAAGUGAAGAAUCCAGAUUCCAAAAUGAUGCAAAUCAACCUGACUGGGUUUUUGAAUGGAAAAAAUGCUAGAGAAUUUAUGGGAGAACUGUGGCCUCUGCUGUUAAGUGCACAAGAAAACAUCGCUGGAAUCCCUUCUGCUUUCCUAGAACUGAAGAAAGAAGAAAUAAAACAGAGACAAGUAACCCUUUUUUCUCUUGCNUCGAUGAAAAAGCAAGAUGAAGACAAAGAUAAGAGGGAUAAAGAGGAAAAAGAGAGCAGCAGAGAAAAAAGGGAGAGGUCUCGAAGCCCAAGAAGACGCAAAUCCAGAUCUCCUUCCCCUAGAAGACGAUCUUCCCCUGUCAGGAGAGAGAGAAAGCGCAGUCAUUCUCGAUCUCCCCGUCACAGAACCAAGAGCCGGAGUCCUUCCCCUGCUCCAGAAAAGAAGGAGAAAAGUCCAGAGCUUCCAGAACCUUCAGUGAAAAUAAAAGAACCUUCAGUACAAGAGGCCACAUCUACUAGUGACAUCCUGAAAGCUCCCAAGCCUGAACCUAUACCAGAGCCUAAAGAACCGACUCCAGAAAAGAAUUCCAAAAAAGAAAAGGAAAAGGAAAAGACCCGACAAAGAUCUCGGUCACGUUCCAAGUCAAGAUCCCGUACACGUUCUCGCUCACCGUCUCAUACUCGACCAAGACGGCGCCAUAGAUCCCGAUCAAGAUCGUACUCACCUAGAAGGCGGCCCAGUCCAAGGAGACGGCCUUCUCCUCGAAGAAGAACCCCACCAAGACGAAUGCCGCCUCCACCAAGGCACAGGAGGAGCAGGUCUCCUGGGAGACGAAGGAGGCGUUCAUCAGCAUCCUUGUCUGGGAGUAGUUCAUCAUCCUCAUCAUCUCGUUCCCGGUCACCACCAAAGAAGCCUCCCAAGAGAACAUCUAGCCCUCCUCGAAAAACUCGCAGGUUAUCUCCUUCUGCAAGUCCUCCAAGGCGAAGGCACAGGCCAUCACCCCCAGCAUCUCCACCACCAAAAACUCGGCAUUCCCCAACACCCCAGCAGUCAAACCGUACAAGAAAAAGUCGUGUUUCUGUGUCUCCGGGGAGAGCUUCAGUGACAAAACAUAAAGGUACUGAAAAAAGAGAGUCGCCUUCACCAGCACCAAAGCCUAGAAAAGUAGAGUUAUCUGAAUCAGAAGAAGAUAAAGGUGGCAAGAUGACUGCAGCUGAUUCUGUGCAGCAGAGGCGUCAAUACAGACGACAGAACCAGCAGUCUUCAUCUGACUCUGGAUCUUCCUCCUCCUCAGAAGAUGAGCGGCCCAAGAGAUCCCAUGUGAAGAACGGUGAGGUAGGCAGGCGGCGGAGACAUUCCCCUUCCCGGAGUGCUUCUCCAUCUCCAAGAAAGCAUCAGAAAGAGACCUCCCCUCGGAUGCAGAUGGGAAAGCGAUGGCAAUCGCCAGUGACUAAAAGUGGUAGACGAAGGAGAAGUCCCUCCCCACCACCCACCAGAAGGCGACGUUCUCCUUCUCCUGCCCCUCCUCCGCGGCGGCGCAGGUCUCCCACACCACCACCACGUCGAAGGACGCCUUCACCACCACCACGUCGGCGCUCGCCUUCCCCAAGAAGAUACUCUCCUCCAAUACAGAGACGAUACUCUCCUUCUCCACCUCCCAAGAGAAGGACGGCCUCUCCCCCACCCCCUCCCAAACGAAGGCCAUCACCGUCUCCACCACCAAAGCGCCGGGUCUCCCAUUCUCCACCUCCCAAACAGAGAAGCCCCCCAGCCACCAAGAGACGGUCACCUUCUUUAUCUUCAAAGCAUAGGAAAGGGCCCUCUCCAAGCCGCCCUGCCCGGGAAGCCCGGUCACCACAGCCAAACAAACGGCAUUCGCCCUCACCGCGGCCUCGAGCUCCCCACACCUCCUCAAGUCCUACCCCCGUUCGAAGAGGACCUUCUGCAUCACCCCAAAGAAGACAGUCCCCAUCUCCAAGUACUAGGCCUAUUAGGAGAGUCUCCAGAACUCCAGAACCGAAAAAGCCAAAAAAGGCUGCCUCACCUAGCCCACAGUCUGUAAGAAGGGUCUCAUCUUCCCGAUCUGUUUCUGGAUCUCCUGAGCCAGCAGCUAAAAAGCCUCCAGCACCUCCGUCCCCUAUCCAGUCUCAAUCACCUUCUACAAACUGGUCACCAGCAGUACCAGUCAAAAAGGCUAAAAGCCCAACACCAAGCCCCUCACCGGCCAGAAGUAACACUUUUUUCUGGGUUUUUCAGGAGACAGAGAGUGAAGCUGAAGACAACCUUGAUGACUUGGAAAAGCACCUGCGGGAAAAGGCCCUGAGAUCCAUGCGCAAGGCUCAAGUGUCCCCACAGUCUUAGGUGGAAAUGUUUGUUAUGAUGUAAAUUUUAUUUGGUUUGUACUCAAUUCAAUUUCAAAAUUGCUAAAAUGUGUUUGAGCUUUAGACUAUAACAUUUGUUGUAAUAAUUGCUAGGUUGAAGUUCACCAUGUAAAAAAAGGGCAUGGAUUUACAUUGCAAAGGUGUCCACAGUGUAUUCGUGACAUUCUUACAUUGAGAGCUGACGUAAUUCAUUUACAGUGAAAUAUUUUUAAGCCAAAAAAAAAUAAUCUCCUUUUCAAAAAAGGGGGUUUAAAUAUUGUUGGCAUUCUUCUGGUUCCUUUAAAUGCCCCUGGUUAUUCCAGAGGGUGUUUUUUUGUCUCCCUCCUUUCUUUUUAGUCCUUUACUUUUUCUUGGAUCUUAACACCCAUGUAAGUUAUGCUUCCAACCGCACAUGGUUUGAAAGCCUGCCCAGAGAUACGACCACUGCUGAACUACCACAAACGUAUAAAUGAGUGUUUCAAUGCCACAACCUUUCCUGUUGCCUGUGGAGUCUCUGCUGAAAAGAAUCAAGAUUUGAGCUCUAGAAUAAGACAAAUGCGAGCAUGUUGUUUGCCAGGACACUGUGGGGUUAUAUUGAUGUGUAACAAGUUGAUUCAGAACACUGGAAUUUCAUUCUAUUCUGUUCUGAUUGAUUUUUUUUGUUUUGUAAAGGCAAUUAACUAGUCCCAGAAAGGAUCCUUCAGUUAUAUAAAAUUUUGUUUCAUGGAUGUCAUGGCUCCAUUCAUAUUUUUGUCUUGUUCUUCCAAUUUGGUAUAUACAACUUUUUUCAGAACUCUUGUAUUUGGAACGUUGGAAGGGCCCAAACUUUGAAAUAGUGUCUUGGUUUCACUGUUUUUUCUUUUUUGUUUGUUUUUGUUUGUCUUUUUUUUUUAACUAAAGCUAUAUAAAGCUUGUGGAUUAAACAGAAUAAAUUUCUAAAUUUAAAAUUGUUUGCCACUCACUUUUACUUGAGGAAAACUGUCUUUCUUAGAAAUCUUAGAGGGUCUAUCUAUAUUUUUAUUUAUCUUUUUGGUUCAGUGGAAGUUGAGUUGUACAGGGGAAAUAAAAGGUGAUAAAAC